GGUGGCCACUUUCCGAACAAACUCCAAAAGUCUUUCUCUGGGCGGCCGUGCGCGCGCUCGCUCGCUUGCUCGCUCCCUCGCACGCGGGAGGGGCGGGAGGGGGAAGAGAGACGCGCGCGCUGCCGGGAGCCCGAGAGCAGCCGCAGCAUCGCCCAGGCGGGCUUGCUCGGGAGUUUGCCUCGGUUUGUCGGGGAUGAGAGCGCAGCCGGCGGAGGGGAAGAGCUGGAUGUGGUGCCUCAGGGCAGCGUAAAGGGUUCUCUUUCCUCUGCGCCCAAGGACUGUAAUUAAGUGGCUCUGCCCCUCAUUGCCAACAUUUAGACGGCAACAAAGUCUAAAGGAGAAGAUCUGAAGUGAGACAAAGGUUCUGUCCAAGAGAGUGGAUGUGAAGUGGAGUUGGAAAGAAGAGAAACCACUAUGUUCUGGGAAUGUGUUCCAGGCAACAGAGAAUGACAAGUGAUGUUAAGGGAGCUAGAAGCACUUGGAAGCUGAGAUUGUUAGACCUGAUAGAACUAAAGUCACAGAAAAUGAAUAUAUGGACAGAGCUGGCAUGAAAGGCCAUGACGAGCCUUUAGAAGAGCACACCUCCUUAUGUGGCCCAAGAAAGGUACCACAAUGGAUUCAGCAUGCUAACAUCCUUGUACUGUUGAUUAAAGAGGCUGUAGGAAAAAGGGAGGAAAACCAUAGAGGAAAAUAAUUAAGGAUAUCUUAGGAAAUUCCAUUUGAUUACUGGAAAAUUUGAUUGCCUAGCUGGGCGAUAAUGCUGAGGACACAGAUUGCUGUUUCUAUUCCUGUUUGAUUGAUUCUUCAGUGAAAAAUGGGGAACUCAGAAAGCCAGUACAGUCCUCAGGGAUCAAAAGGUCAUACGAAUUCUACGUCUGGUGCCAAGCAGAAACCUUGCUCUCUCAAGAUUUGUGGUACCCAUAAUAAAGAUGAGAAGUCCUUACAAGGAUGGAGUAACAGCAUCAGUGGCACAAACUACAAAUCCCGAUCUUUAGCCAGAAGCUGCCUUUCUCACUUCAAGAGCACUCAGCCUUAUUCUUCAAGACUCGGUGACCCGGUGGUGAAGAUUUCUAGGAGCAGUUGCCAUGCCAAACAUCGAACACACUCAUCAGGGAACUAUAGCCAUGGGAGUAGUAAUGUAUUUUUGCCUGAUAAUGGUUUUCAGUACAUUGACUUUGAGGCUACAAACAACCAUGUUGCAUCCAGGGAAUGUAAUGGACACUUUUUAAAUUGCUAUGGGAAGAAAGAGAGCCCCCCAUCAGAUGACAGAAUGAGCCCCAAAGUUCUCAUUAAGACACUGGGAAAGCUGGACGGAUGUUUGAGGGUUGAAUUUCACAACAGCAGCAGCAACAGCACAGUGUCCAGGGAAGAGUCUAGUGGCCCAGUUCAACUCCUACGGUACUCGCCUACUUCUGAGACUGAAAAGACUAAUGUGCUUGAAGGGAAGGAAACUUCUAGUACAGGCUACACUAGCAGCCAUCGCCUGUCAGCCACUGACUCAAAACUUAGAUCCAGUAAAGGGAGCUCCAUCAGUUCAGAGUCUUCAUGGUAUGAUGCCCCAUGGGGCAAUAAUGGAGAUAUGAAUGAACUAGAUGGAUCGUACUUGCCCAGAAGCACCAUGGAUCCAAGUGUCCAGGUCACCUUUCCUCAGGAGGACUGCAAGAAACUGUUAAACCAAAGUUCAUCUCUCUCCUCACUUCGUGAUUUAUGUAGGGAUUCAAAUUUAAGAAGCUGCCAAGCCUCUGAUAUUGGACUUUCUGCAGAUUUCAUCAAUACUCAUGCCAGUUUAAGCAACCGUGUUUCAUUCGCCUCCACCAUAGAUGUUCCCUCAAAGGUGGAUCACAGAGAGCUUCCACAGUACUCUUCCUACACUCUCCCCUGCAGGAAAUCUAUGGCCCUUAAUAAGGAUACAACAAAGAAGGAAACACUGAAAAGUCGAAUGCGCCGGAUCAGUGAUUGGACUGGAAGCCUUUCAAGAAAGAAGAGAAAGCUACAGGAACCAAAAUGUACGGAUUCAAAUGAAUACUUCGACACUGGAAUUGAAUGUUUUUCUCCAGAUCCUCUUGGUUCUUUACAUCUCUCUGGUUCUCUGUGGUCACCCAGUUCUGGUCACCUCUUUCCCCAGAGGAGUGAAUCUGCCGGUGCAAUCAGCAGCGAUGUCCUCAGACAGAACAUUUAUGAGAAUUUUAUGCGUGAGCUGGAUUUGAGCAGGCCCAACCUUGAGAACACAGAUGUUUCCACUGAAACUGAGGACUCAAGUAGUGAGUCACUUAGCUCUUUAGAACAAUUAGAUCUGCUGUAUGAGAAAGAGCAAGGAGUUGUUCGCAAAGCUGGGUGGCUCUUCUUCAAACCUCUUGUGACCAUGCAGAAAGAAAAGAAGCUCGAGCUAGUUACACGGAGAAAAUGGAAACAAUACUGGGUGACGUUGAAAGGAUGUACACUUCUGUUUUACGAAACUUAUGGAAAGAAUUCCAUGGAGCAGAACAGUUCACUCAGAUAUGCACUGUUUGCAGAAGACUGUAUAGUGCAGUCUUGUCCAGAACACCCCAAGAAGGAGAAUGUUUUCUGUCUGAGCAACUGUUUUGGAGAUGUCUACUUAUUCCAGGCUACAAGCCAAACUGACCUUGAAAACUGGGUUACAGCAAUACACUCAGCUUCUGCUUCUCUCUUUGCAAAAAAACUUGGGAAAGAGGAUACAAUAAGGUUGCUGAAAAAUCAGACCAAAAGCCUUAUCCAGAAGAUUGACAUGGAUAGCAAGAUGAAAAAGAUGGCCGAGCUGCAACUCUCCGUUGUUAGUGAUCCUAAAAACAGGAAAGCAAUUGAGAACCAGAUCCAGCAGUGGGAACAGAAUCUGGAGAAAUUCAACAUGGAUCUCUUCAGGGUGCGCUGUUAUCUUGCCAGUCUACAAGGUGGAGAGUUACCCAAUCCCAAGAGUCUUCUGGCUGCUGCGAGUCGUCCUUCAAAGAUGGCUCUAGGAAGGCUUGGAAUCUUCUCAGUCUCAUCUUUUCAUGCAUUGAUCUGCUCCAGGGAUGAGGCAACUCUUAGGAAGCGGACAUUCUCAUUGUCACAAAGGGUGCAAAGCAAGAAGGGUUUAUUUUCCUCUCUUAAAGGACUGGACACUCUUGCAAGAAAAACAAAGGAGAAAAGGCCUUCCAUUACACAGAUUUUUGAUUCAGCUGGAGGGCGUGGAUUUAUGGGAACACAUCUACCUCAGAGUUCCAGUGAUUCCACAGAGCAGAAAGUAGAUGAAUUUCUGAAUACAUACUGCUCACCUUCAGAAAAUGCUGCAACAGAAAAUACCUGGGAUGUCCAGUCAUUUGUUCGUUUUCCUGAUGGCCAAGGACUGAUGCUAACUCUCAAACCAGAAUAUAGAGUAGAUGAUGUUUUGACUCUGGCAUGCAAGAUUAAGCACCUGGAACCAAAACACUGUGGCUUACAACUCCGAAGGCAUAUUGGGGAAAAUGUUGAGCAAUAUGUUCCUGAACCAUAUGAAUACAUACAAGACCAGAUAUACAGCGAAAUAGAAAUUUUUCUUUUAAGCAUUUAUCAUGUGCAUCUUACGAAGACAGAGGGUGUGACUGAUUUUGGAUUUGCAGUAACUGCGCAAGUUGAUGAACAUCAGCAUCUCAACCGUAUCUUAAUAAGCGAUGUCCUUCCUGAUGGGAUCGCUUACAGAGAAGGGUUACGUGUUGGCAAUGAAAUCUUGAUUAUAAAUGGAGAGUCUGUAUCUGAUCUUGACCUCAGACAGAUGGAGUUAUUAUUCUCUGAGAAAAGUGUGAAGCUAACUUUGACUACAGAUCUCAGCAGCCAUAAGGGGACAUUAUGCACAGCUUGGUCGGAUGGUGACAUUUCCAGGGAAGCAAAAAAUGUGUUGCCCCCUCCCAACCAGUCGCAACUCCUGGAGGAAUUUCUGGAUAACUUCAAAAAGAAUACAGCAAAAGAUUUCAGCAAUGUGCCUGACGUUGCUGCAAGUCUAAGGAGAAGUAGCACGGAUGGCACUCUGGAUCAGGUUCCAAAGAAGGAGAAACUUGAAUCACCUUUCAGGAGUGCUGAACAGAUUUCAGCAUUGUGUCCACAAUUCCAUGACACUCAGGUAGAUGGUAUGGAAGAAGUAAAGGAUAUCCCUUUUAUAAAGCCACUGGCAAGGCAGCUUACAGAUGCUGACAGGCUUCGGAAGGUCAUCCAAGAGCUUAUGGACACAGAGAAAUCCUAUGUAAAGGAUUUGAGCUGCCUCUUUCAGUUAUACUUGGAGCCUCUUCAGAAUGAGACCUUCCUCACUCAAGAUGAGAUGGAAUCAUUGUUUGGCAGUCUGCCAGAGAUGUUGGAUUUUCAAAAAGUUUUUCUAGAAACCCUUGAAGAUGGCAUUUCCUCCUGUUCUGAUUUUAACAUGCUUGAAACCCCUUCACAAUUUCGGAAACUGCUGUUUUCUUUGGGUGGCUCUUUCCUCUACUAUGCUGAUCAUUUUAAACUGUACAGUGGAUUCUGUGCAAACCACAUCAAAGUCCAGAAGGUUCUUGAAAGAGCCAAGACAGAUAAAGCCUUCAAGGCCUUUCUGGAUGCUCACAACCCAACAAAGCAGCAUUCUUCCACACUGGAGUCCUUUCUCAUCAAGCCAGUUCAGAGAGUGCUGAAAUACCCGCUGCUCCUGAAAGAGCUGGUAUCCCUGACAGACCCUGAAAGUGAGGAGCAUUACCAUCUCACAGAAGCACUGAAGGCAAUGGAAAAGGUGGCCAGUCACAUCAAUGAAAUGCAGAAGAUUUAUGAGGAUUAUGGGGCAGUGUUUGACCAGCUAGUCGCAGAUCAGAGUGGGACUGAGAAAGAGGUCACAGAACUUUCCAUGGGAGAGCUUCUUUUGUACUCCACUGUUUUAUGGCUGAACCCAUUCCCCUCUUUAGGCAAAACAAGAAGAGACUUAGAGCUCACAGUAUUUGUGUUCAAAAGAGCUGUCAUAUUAGUGUAUAAAGAGAACUGCAAACUCAAAAAGAAGUUGGCAACUAAUGUCCGAACGACACUCAAUCAAGGUGAUCUGGAUUCAUUUAAAUUCCGUUGGUUGAUUCCUUUAUCUGCUCUUCAAGUUCGAUUGAGCAAUACAGCAGGAACAGAAAACAAUUGCAUUUGGGAACUGAUUCAUACAAAGUCAGAAUUACAAGGAAGACCCGAAACAACCUUCCAGCUAUGUAGCAGUGAUUGUGAAAGCAAGGCCAAUAUAGUUAAAGUGAUUCGUUCCAUUCUGAGAGAGAACUUCAGGCGUCAAAUAAAGUGUGAUUUGCCUUUGGAGAAAGCAUGUAAAAGUCGCCUAGUUCUACAUAAAAAUCGAAUUCCUGUUUCAGCAAAAUUGGCUUCUUCAAGAGCGUUGAAGUUACUGAAGAAUUCUCCCACGAAUGAAUGGAACACGGAUGCUAUUAAAGGAAGUGAACUGGAUUCUGAUGAAUGCAGCCAGAGCAGCAGCACUCCGAGUAGCAGCUGCCAUACCACAGACAGCAUCUUGGAAUCUAAAGAUUCAUCUCCUGUGAAACACCUGCAGAACUGUGCAUCGGACUUUUCAAACAGCCCUGUCAAAGAAUCUGACAUUCUUAGUGAUGCUGAGGACGACUACCAGCAGAUCCUAAACAAAGGCAGCCCUACGAAAGAUAUUGAAAUUGAAUUCCAAAGGCUGAAGAUUUCAGAGAAUCUGGGCAGUGAUGCAGAAGAAAGAUAUCCUGAUGAGAAAAAGAGUGAAGCAGAGCACCCUAAAUUAGUGCGUGCCCAUUUUUGUCCCAUUAAACGGAAAGCAAACAGUACAAGACGUGACAAAGGAACAUUACUUGCAAUGCAAGAAAGGCACCAGUCUCUUGAUAGUCACCCAGAUGCUGGAAGUUUUGAUCUGAACUCUGUUUUAGAAAGGGAAUUUAGUGUACAAAGUUUAACUUCAGUAGUUAAUGAAGACUGUUUUUAUGAAACAGUAGACAGGCAUGGUAAAUCCUAGCUGCCUGAAAUCUGAUUAUUCC